AUGAGCGUACUGACGAACUUGAACAAAAACAAAAAAUGUAAAGUUCAGCAAAUAACUGACUUUCCUAACAAAAAAAAGCCAGAAGCGAUGGCUGAUCCAGCCAAGCCUAGGUACAUUCAACUAACGAAGCUACCAAAUUUGAAAGAAGUCAACCAUGUGGCGCAAGAAACGUCCGUUGACAGAAUCCUUGCUAAGGCGAUAGCAUUACAACUGAAACCACUGAAUGCGGAAAUGACAAAAUUUGCAUUUGACCAUCUGCUGAUGUUGAUAGAUGAUCAACUUGAUGAAAUGAUAGGACAAUUGCACAGGAUAAGCAACAUUCAAAGGAGAGAAUCUAUGGCAAAAUGCGACAUACAGCUUUUUUUGCAGGGAUUCAAUGUGUCACCAUCAGACCUCGACGUACAAGGACAACUGUCACAAUAUAUUAGUUUGAACUUCAAAAAAGAAUAUGAUUCACUGCAUGCGAUGAAGGAGAGUUAUGCGGGGGCUGCAGAAGACGAUGUUGAACAAAUAGAAAAUGUUUUGACAACACUUGUGCCACCCAGCAAUUCACUAAAAUAUUCAAUACCCCGAUGGUUUCCAGCAUUACCACCAGAUCAUACCUAUAAAUUCACUCCCCAAUUCAACCAUCCAAUAACCGACGAAGUGAUGAUAAGGAAAAAAAUAGUGGAAGAAGGAAAGAAUUCGGAACUUGCAUUAUUACACUUAUUGGAUCGCAGCGUUGAGUCUACAAGUGAUAAACCUAUACCAGAUUUCGACGAAAAACUAGCCGCUGAGGAGACAAAUUCUAUAUAUGGAUUUAGCAGGCAAAAAAAGCAGAGAAAUUUCACCAGUUCGAGCUCUACUGGCCUUUUCUGCACUUUACCGCAGACAAACUUUAAUGUUGAAGAAUACGCUAGAAGUCGUGUCGAGAUUGCACGAAGAAAAGUAGUGGAAUUUGAGCAAAAAGCUCUACAAUUGGAGACAAACCCAUUUUUGAAGGGUUCAAGGUUAAUAAUAUCCUCUAAUGAUAAAAUUACAAAAAAACAAGUAAAUAGAGAAAUCAAGACAAUGCUGAGAAGGUCGUUUUUUAGUAUGCUAAAAAGUAUUCCCGAUCUACAAAUCAAAAAGAAGCACGCUAGUGAAGACGCUGAGAAGAAGAGGGAUGAAAGACUGGCAAAGAUGAAAAUCUUACAUGAACAGAAAAGAAAAGAGACAAAUGAGAAAGUUAAAAAUGGUGAGAUAAACCUUUUGGACUUGGCUCAUCAAGACGAAUUCUUCGGAUCGUUGGAUAGCAGCGAUGAGGAGGGCCAAUCUGGCUUUAAUCUUGAACUUCAAUCACACUCUCAACCGCAGGAACAAUCACGAGAGGUAACUUCCCCGGAACCUGCACAGGAUUUGAAUUUAACGGAUCAGCCCAUCAAGGACAAUAUUUCUGACAAGGAAAACGCUGGUUUUGAAAAUUUCCAGCAAGACCCGACAAAUGGUCACGUAAAUCUCGACAACAAACAGCAAGGGGAUUUGAGUCAUAUCCAACAACAUCAUGCUAGUAGUGAAGGUGAUGAUGAUGGCACUGGAUUUUUAUUUAAUGACAUUGCGAAUGUAGAUGAUCAGGAUAGUGCUGGCAUAGAAAUAUGA